GCCCGGAUUUCAGGAAGAUGGCCCCUUCCCCUGCCUUUUCGGCCCCCAUGUUUGUCUUCUGCCUGCUGACUCUCAGCCCCACGGACUCCCUCGAGCCGGCCCCUGUGGUCUCCAGACUCCCAGAGGUCACCAACAGCUUCCAGAACCAGGAUCCGUGGGCCUCUCAGCCACGAGCCAUGACCCAUCACCACAGACACAGCCUCCUGAGGCAGGAGUGGGCCCACCGGGGGAUGCCGGUCCAGGCCAGAGUCUCCGGGGAGGCCAGCAUGCGGCACGCAGGCACGUCUGGAACGAUGGAGCGGCCCGCCAGCCUCCGGCAGAAGGACAUUUUCUUGGGCUUCACCUUUCCAUAUCCGGAGCAGGAGAACCACUCCCCAGGGUUGGAAAGAGGGAAGAAGCACAACCGGGAGCUCCGAAGACACAGCCGCAGGGACCGGCUGAAGCAGCACCGAGGCAAAGGUCCUGAUCGGGGCCCAAGCGCGCUGUAUAAAAAGCCUGAAAACUUUGAGGAGCAAUUUCAGGCACUCCAGACGGAAGGUUCCUCUGCAGGAUUGGUGCCCACCUCCCUUCUCAGCUCCACGUCAAAUACUUCAACCGAGAAGCCCCCCGCUCCCCAAGCUACGUCCCCCCGUCCUCGGGUCCGUGCCAGGCAAGAGGGGGACGUGAUGCCCACCCUGGACAUGACUCUCUUCGACUGGACGGAUUACGAAGACCUCCGGCCAGAUAUGUGGCCCUUGUCCCAGAAGAAAGAGAAACAGCGGAGUCAGGCUGGUGGGAAUGAAACCACCCCCACUGAAGGGGAGCCCUGCGACCAUCAUCUCGACUGCCUCCCAGGCUGCUGCUGCGACUUGAGGGAGCAUCUCUGCAAGCCCCACAACCGUGGCCUGAACAACAAAUGUUAUGACGAUUGCAUGUGCGCAGAAGGUCUGCGCUGCUAUGCCAAAUUCCACCGCAACCGGAGGGUGACCAGGCGAAAAGGCCGCUGUGUGGAGCCAGAGUACACCGAUGGAGAUCAAGGAUCAUUUAUUAAUGUCUAGAGAGAUGCUGGGAAGCUUUUCUUGGCUGGAGGAGUUAAUUUAUAAUUAGUGGUGGGGUUGGGAAUGGAAGGGCAACCGGACGGCUUUGAUGCUGCUGGCUGAACCGUGACCAAAAGCAGUGGUGAAUCUAACACAGUUUCCCUGGAACUUCUGCUAGUUAAAUCUCAUCUGCCCAUACACACACAAUAAAAGUCGGAGGCAGUUUUCUCUCUGACAUCAGAGAGAGCUGGCUUCUAUUAUAUGAAUAAAUGUUACCCAUUGCCUGCUGCAUCUCUGUAUGAGUCUCUGCUCUAGGUGCAUUUCCUUUGUAGAGUCAUUCUACUGUAUCAGACAUGACUGAAUUCCAUACACAUACCCAGGGACAGGGCAGAGUUUACCUGAUGGAGGCUGAUGGGGAGAGGCUAGACCAGUGAUGCAUCCAGAGACAUAACAGGCAAUUCUCUUAUGGCAUACCAGUACGGUUUGGCACACAGUUUAGGAACCUCUGAGCCAGUGUUCGCACUUGUAGCCAAAUUCUGUGAGUUACUGCACUGAGGUUUUCACUCAGGUAUGUUGGGGCGUGCAGGUUAGUACGUGGGAUAAAGAUGUGCAGGUGCAAGGACCCAAUCCAAGCCAGCAUUAGUGGAGUUGCACCAAUGGAUCUCUGUACUGGGCUGUAGGAGCAGAACCCAGACAGAACAUGAAGGGACAUCUUGGUCGCUCAGGUGACAUGCAAAAAAAUAAUUAAAUUCUAUAUCCUGAAUUGGUUAUGUAA